AUGCUCUACGCUGACGACGCGGCCAUCGUCUCGCGCUCGCCGGAGAGUCUCGAGAAGAUGAUGUCGGUCAUCGUGCGCGUGGCCGGCCUGUUCGGACUGAUGGUGUCGGAGCCAAAGACGGAGAUCAUGUGCAUGCUGCCAAAAGGGAUCGAGGAACGCCCGUUCACGGUCAGCGCCGCCGGCCAGACGUACAAGCAGACAGAUCGGUUUGUGUACCUCGGACGUACCAUCUCCGCGGACGGGAAGGCCGACCGGGAGAUCACGAGCCGCAGCUGCCGAGCGUGGAAGUGCUACCGCCGGAACAGUGCUUCGAUGUACGACAGGCGACGGGCCGACCGCCAGCUCAAGAUCCGGCUUCUCCAGGCUGAAGUGGUGGAGACUCUCCUGUAUGGGUGCGCCUCGUGGAGCCUAACAGCGGAGCACUACACGAAGCUCAAUGGGACCCACCGCCAGUUCCUCACACGGUGCAUCGGCUGGAGCAAGCGGAAACGCUCAGACCGCCCCCUGUCCUAUGCCCAGGCCCUCAUCCAGGCAGGCUGCGAGGAAACCAUCGAGGCCACCGUGCGCAAACGGAGACUGUGUUUCGCGGGCUUCGUUAUGCGCAUGGAGGACAGCCGCCUCCCCAAGCGCAUGCUGUUAAGAGCGAUGGCGGGGGGCGUGGGAUACCGGGGCGGGCAGGAGAGCGACUGGGUGUCUCGUCUAGGAGGACCUCGUGGCCUUCAACAUGGGAGACGAAAAGGAAGGGGGGAAAUGGAAAGAGAGCGCCAAGGACUCGGAGGUGUGGUACAACAAGGUCGAGAGUGGGGCGGCAUGGUUCAUGAGGAAAUGGCACAGGCAGGAGGCGGAAGCGUCCGCGAAGCGCCAGCGCGCGAGGGAAGCAGAAGCAAAGAGUACGACCAUCUCAGGACCGAAGAGAAAGAGAGCCGGGGAAGCGGCGGUGGGGGGGAAGAAACGGCGACCGGGCACUGCUGUAGAAGCGAGUAG